CCCUUCAUAACAUUCUCUUGAAAAACAAACGGCCGUUCCAUCUACAUACUAUCAAUUGUGAAUUGGAUACAAUGCCAGUGUGUUUUCAUUCAUAAUUCUAUUCUGUGUAGUACGUCCUUAUUAUUGGUUGAAAUGUACUUACCAUAAAACGAAGAGCGAAAAUGAUACUCAACUUAAACGUUGGAAUUUUGGGCCACGUCGAUUCUGGUAAAACAAGUCUGGCAAAAUGCUUGAGUGACACUGCCAGUACGGCCUGUUUCGAUAAAAAUCCGCAGUCCCAGGAAAGAGGCAUAACGUUGGAUCUCGGAUUCAGUGCAUAUCAAUGCGAUCUACCAACACAUUUGUCGGAACAUUCAAAAUGCAGUCAGCUCCAAUUCACGUUCAUCGAUUGUCCGGGACAUGCAAAGCUUAUUCGAACGGUCAUUGGAGGUUCACAGAUCAUGGACAUGUUUGUCCUGGUCGUUGACAUCACUAAGGGAAUUCAAACACAAACUGCCGAAUGUUUGGUAAUCGGUGGAUUGACUUGUGACCGCAUGAUUGUUGCGUUGAAUAAAACUGACCUUUUGGACGUUGACAAACGGGGCAAAAUGAUUGAAAAGAUGACCAAGAAAAUAUCACAGAUUCUGGUCGAUACACCAUUCAAAGACUCGCCAAUUAUUCCUGUAUCAGCACAGAGUAACUUCAAUAUCACCGAACUUAUGAAUGCGUGUCUCCAGAGCGCAUACGUACCUCCGAGAAAUCCAAUGCUACCAUUCCUAUUUGCUGUCGAUCAUUGCUUUUCGAUUAGAGGACAAGGAACGAUCUGUACCGGAACGGUUCUCCAGGGCCGAAUCAAAAUCGGAGACGAUGUAGAAAUUCCGUCUAUUCAGCAAAUCAAAAAAGUCAAAUCCAUCCAAAUGUUCCGGCAACAAAUGAAUGAAGCUCAACAGGGCGACCGCAUAGGCAUCGCAAUCACACAAUUUGAUUCAAAACUAUUGGAGCGUGGACUGAUUUCUGCACCGCGUUUCGUAAACUAUUCGACGGCCGCCGUCAUCAAGCUCAAUAAAAUCAAAUAUUUCAAGGGUGCAAUUGGAUCAAAAUCGAAAUUCCAUAUCAGCAUCGGACAUUCAACCGUAAUGGCCUCAGUGCUGCUUUUCCAAGGCGGAGCGCCGUCUGACGAUUUCGAUUGUCAUCGACAAUACGAAUAUUUGCCCGUUCUAGAUGAUCAAUGUGAAGAUAGUGGCAAAUCUGAGGCCAUCUUUGCCUUGCUGGAAUUCCAAAAGCCGACUAUUGUAGUAACCGACUUCUUAAUUGUGGCGUCCAAACUGGAUAUGGACCUUCAGUCCACCAACUGUCGAUUGGCAUUUUGGGGUCGAUUGAAUGCACCGAGUGAUGCAUUCACAACAGCAGAUUCGUUUGCCAGCAGUCUGAACAUAUUUAAGGAAAAAACGAAGGAGGGCCGCAUUCAACGCGUCGUCAAUUCGCAGGAAAUUGUUGUGGAUCAAAUGUUCAAGCGGAACAGCAAUCGUCAAAUAUUUGUCGGAUUAAAGGUGUGUCUUAGUAGCGGGCAAUGUGGUGUGAUAGACAGUACAUUUGGAACGACGACUAAGGUCAAAGUACGGCUAAAUGAUCACCUAACCGCAGAGACUAUCCAACAAUGGAAAGAUGAAAAAGUCGACGUGAAAGUGAUGUUGAAAUUCAAAAAAUUUCUGUUCCGAACUGAAACCAAAAUCUUUCAAUAAAUUACCGGAGUUUUAUUGCCGUG